AUGCAUUUUUCAAGCUUGAAGUUCUUGGUUUUUCUACUACAUGCUGGAGCCGCGACUAAGAUUUCCGCCGCCCAGAGACGGAAUAUAGUCCGAUCUUUCAACCCUCACCGAAACGCCAGUUCUCCAACAACACCGCUACAAGUCGGCAAUGGCAACUUUGCAUUUGGUGCAGAUGUCACUGGCUUACAGACAUUCUCUCAUUUCGCCAUUGAGAGCUCUUGGGCUUGGCAUAAUUUCAGUUUGCCAACUACUCCUGGUCAAACCUCUUGUUCUGACUUUACAGGCCUGGACUGGUGGACGCAUGGCCGUCUUGUCAAUUAUGACAUGCCCAAUCCAGACGAAAACGAUAUAUCGAACUGGCUUAUUGAGAAUCCUCAACGAUUGAGCAUAGCCAACAUUGGCCUACAUUUCCCGGGCCAAAACAUCACCGAAGAGUCACUACUUUACAAGUCCCAGGAUCUGGAUAUCUGGGAAGGAACUAUUCAAUCUUCAUUCCAGUACAAUGGAUCCAAUGUCUCGGUUCAGGUCUGGUCUCACCCAACUGACCCUAUCGUGGGAAUACAGAUCAAGUCGGAUCUACUGAUCUCUGGAGACUUGGGUCUCUUCUUUGACUUUCCCAUAUCCGAUACUGAGAAGUUCGACGCACCGUAUGUUGGUGUGUGGAAUGACACCACAAACAGUUCAGUACAUGUGAAAUCUACACCCGAUACGGCCUUGUUUGAGCACGUUCUUGACAGUAAUGUCAACCGGCUUGGAGUGAAGUGGCAUACGGAAGUUUCUAUCACUGGGCCUUUGCCUGGAACGAAUCGAUUCAUCCUCACGCCUAAGGGAUCGGAUAUUCUGCAAAUUGUGGCCGACUUUCAGCCGGCUAGUGAUAAUCGCGAUGAUUUCCCGACGUAUGAGAGCAUUGCGGCUGGGUCCAGAGAAUGGUGGGAGGAUUACUGGAUGACUGGUGCCUUUAUAGACUUGUCGGCGACUGAAAAUGCGAAUGCUACCGAGCUCCAACGCCGUAUUAUUCUCUCUCAGUACCUCGUUGCGGUAAAUGAGGCAUCAUACAAUCCCCCGCAAGAAUCUGGCCUUGUGAACAAUGGGUGGUACGGAAAAUUCCAUCUUGAAAUGUUCCUAUGGCACAGUCUACAUUUUGCCCGAUGGGGACACUACGAUCUCCUUUCUCGGAGUGCACCAAGCACAUAUCAACGAUUUCUCCAGUCCAGCAUAGACAGAGCCACAGCACAGGGAUAUGAGGGCGCCCGCUGGGGCAAGAUGACAGAUCCAACAGGACGCAGCGCCCCAGGCGAAAUAAAUGCAUUACUGAUCUGGCAACAGCCUCACGUCAUGCAUUUUGCCGAAUACGUCUACCGCGCCUUUCCUAAUAAGAACACCCUACAAGAGUGGGACGAGGUGAUAACAGCUACAGCUGACUUCAUGGCCUCGUAUGCGUGGUGGAACGAUACAACUAUGGUAUAUGAUCUGGGUCCUCCAAUGUACCCGGUUAGCGAGAACACAAGUCCAAACAGCACCGUCAACCCGACAUUCGAGCUGGCCUAUUGGCGGUUUGGUCUCGACGUUGCAAUUCAGUGGAAAGAGCGCCAGGGCGUCUCUGUGCCGAAAAACUGGGUCACUGUGCGAGACAAUCUUGCUCCGCUGCCUGUUAUUGAUGAUGCCUAUGCUGUUUAUGAAGGUAUUCCUGAUAUGUGGAAAGUGAACAGCACGACUGUGCAGGAUCAUCCGGCUAUGAUUGGUGUUUAUGGCUUGCUUCCGCCUCCUUCGACUGGUGUGCCACUUAACCUGACGACUAUGCGCAAUACUGCCGAGCUUAUUAAGGAGCUUUGGGACUUUGGGGACUCUUAUGGAUGGGACUUUAGCAUGUUGGCCAUGAAUAGUCUGCGUCUAGGAGAUGUGGACCAGGCUGUUGCGUAUCUUCUGGACUCUUACUAUGUUUUCGAUGAUGCGGGAUAUGCCGAAGGAGGAAGUCGGGUCCCCACUCCAUAUAUGCCUGAUGCUGGGGGUUUGCUGUUGGCAACUGCAAUGAUGGCUGGAGGCUGGACUGGCGAUGAGGGUCCUCAUUUCCCCGUAGAUUGGGAUGUUACAGUCGAAGGCUUCAGUCCCAGCCUUUGA